AUGGCGAUUUCAUCUCCUGCAGCUACUUCUUCCUCCUCUAAACUCCUCGACUCGUACGCUUCUCCCUCAAUUCCCACCUCCAUUAAACCCAAAUCCCUAACUCUCUCCUCCUCCUUCCUCCCUUCAAUCACUUCCCUCUCCCUCACAACUCCCUCACCUUCUAAUCCCCUCCGUCGCUCGUUCACCGUACGCGCCGCCAGAGGAAAAUUCGAGCGUAAGAAACCUCACGUUAACAUCGGAACAAUCGGUCACGUCGACCAUGGCAAAACCACUCUAACCGCUGCUUUAACCAUGGCUUUAGCUUCGAUUGGAAGCAGCGUCGCUAAAAAAUACGACGAGAUCGACGCUGCUCCUGAGGAAAGAGCUCGUGGAAUCACAAUCAACACUGCUACAGUCGAGUACGAGACUGAGAAUCGUCAUUACGCUCAUGUCGAUUGUCCUGGUCACGCUGAUUACGUUAAGAACAUGAUUACCGGAGCUGCUCAGAUGGACGGAGCUAUUCUCGUUGUUUCCGGCGCCGAUGGUCCUAUGCCUCAGACUAAAGAGCAUAUUCUAUUGGCUAAGCAAGUUGGUGUUCCUGAUAUGGUUGUUUUCUUGAACAAAGAGGAUCAAGUUGAUGAUGCAGAGCUUUUAGAGCUUGUUGAGCUUGAGGUUCGUGAGCUUUUAUCUUCUUAUGAGUUUAAUGGUGAUGAUAUUCCGAUUAUCUCUGGUUCUGCUUUGUUAGCUGUUGAAACUCUUACUGAGAAUCCUAAUGUGAAGAGAGGUGAGAACAAAUGGGUAGAUAAGAUUUAUGAAUUGAUGGAUUCUGUUGAUAGUUAUAUCCCGAUUCCGACGAGGCAGACGGAUUUGCCGUUCUUGUUAGCUGUCGAAGAUGUGUUUUCGAUUACCGGUCGUGGUACGGUAGCUACGGGUCGUGUCGAAAGAGGUACUGUUAAAGUUGGAGAGACUGUUGAUUUGGUGGGGUUGAGAGAGACUAGGAAUUAUACGGUUACGGGGGUCGAAAUGUUUCAGAAGAUUCUUGAUGAAGCAAUGGCUGGUGAUAAUGUUGGAUUGUUGCUUAGAGGUAUACAAAAAGCUGAUAUUCAAAGAGGUAUGGUUUUAGCUAAACCUGGAUCGAUUACUCCUCAUACUAAGUUUGAAGCGAUUGUGUAUGUGUUGAAGAAAGAAGAAGGUGGAAGACAUUCGCCGUUUUUCGCGGGUUAUAGACCUCAGUUUUACAUGAGGACGACUGAUGUUACUGGUAAAGUGACUAAGAUUAUGAAUGAUAAGGAUGAAGAAUCGAAGAUGGUUAUGCCCGGUGAUCGAGUUAAGAUUGUCGUUGAGCUUAUUGUGCCUGUGGCUUGUGAACAAGGGAUGAGGUUUGCUAUUAGAGAAGGAGGAAAGACUGUUGGUGCUGGAGUGAUUCAGUCGAUUCUCGAAUGA